AGCUUUAUUACCCAGUGCACGAUCAGCAGUUCUUUCGAUAGCCUAUAUAACAGUCGCCGGACCUCCAGCUUUCUCUUUUCGAUACACCGCGUUCGCACAGUACAUACAAAAUUAAAUAGCCAACAAUGACCACCCCUGAAACGAUUUUCUCCAAGGGUGAGAACUGCAAGCAAGGCUGGCACGCAGCGAGCGCUGAUUACAAUGAGACCGAUACUCAUUUGGAGAUUUUAGGGAAACCGGUCAUGGAGCGCUGGGAGACUCCAUACAUGCACUCUCUGUCUACUGUUGCUGCGAGUAAAGGUGGACGGGUCCUUGAGAUUGGCUUUGGCAUGGCCAUAGCUGCCACCAAACUGGAAUCUUUUCCUAUUGAGGAACACUGGAUUAUUGAAUGUAAUGAUGGAGUUUACCAGAGGUUGCAGGAGUGGGCCAAGGCUCAGCCACACAAAGUUGUUCCUCUUAAAGGCCUGUGGGAAGAUGUGGUGCCAACUCUCCCCGACAAUCACUUUGAUGGUAUCCUGUAUGAUACAUACCCAUUGUCUGAGGAAACAUGGCACACUCACCAGUUUAACUUUAUUAAGGCCCAUGCUAAGAGGCUGCUGAAGCCUGGUGGUGUCCUCACCUAUUGCAAUCUUACCUCCUGGGGCGAGCUGCUAAAGUCAAAAUACAAUGACAUUGACAAAAUGUUCCAGGAAACACAAGUGCCCCAGCUACUGGAAGCUGGCUUCAAAAAGGAGAGCAUUAGCACCACAUUGAUGGACAUUAGUCCACCAAGCGAAUGCAAAUAUUACUCCUUCAACAAAAUGAUCACACCUACAAUCCUUAAAGAAUAAGCCAUAUACCAAAACUGCCUUUUUUGUGUCUUAAAAAUGCUUUCAAAUCAGUUGUUUAUACUUUCAAAUAUUGUGUAUAGUUCAAAAUUUUAGCAGGGCUAUGAAAUGUGCGUAUCAGUACAAAACAAAUAAAGAUGCAAAAGUG